UUGUUCCUGAAAUUUCUGCAAGGUUUAGGUUCUGUGGUUAGGGUUUUUGAAGAAGAAGAAGAAGAAGGAACAAGAAGAAGAAGAAACCAUGAGCAGGAGUUUGGGAAUACCGGUAAAGCUUCUUCACGAGGCGGCGGGGCAUGUGGUGACGGUGGAGCUGAAGAGCGGCGAGCUUUACAGAGGAGGAAUGGUUGAGUGCGAGGAUAAUUGGAACUGCCAGCUCGAGAGCAUCACCUACACUGCCAAGGACGGGAGGGUUUCGCAGCUUGAGCAUGUGUUUAUUCGAGGCAGCAAAGUUAGGUUUAUGGUUAUACCGGACAUGCUGAAGAACGCCCCAAUGUUCAAGCGUCUAGAUGCUAGAAUCAAGGGUAAGGGGGCAUCACUCGGAGUUGGAAGGGGAAGAGCUGUUGCAAUGCGGGCUAAAGCACAAGCUGCUGGCCGGGGAACAGCUGGUAGAGGUGCUGUACCACCUGUACGGAGGUAAUAAUCCUCUCGUCCGAGUAAAGCUUUCCGCAAAGGAUCCCGUCUGUUAUCAUCAAAAUUUGCUGUGAAGUUUAGCGUAGUUAACUUGCAAGAGGAAAAAGCAGUCAGGAUUAAAUCGAGGAUAUUGUCAGGCUGCUCUCUAUUUUGUAUGCUUGUUUUGGAUGCCGAAUAUUUCGACUUUUUCAUGUAGUUUCUAUUAAUGAUAUUGUUGAUGUUAUCGGGUUCUCUCCUUGCUGUUUAUUAUGAACCUAAGCUCUUGCUUAAUUAGAGAAGAAUGGCUUCCUUUA